UUAAUUUCUUUUUUGUCUCUUACAGUAUUCAUUCAAGACCGUGUACCCUCCCUCCUGUGCAUGCCAAAGAACUCGAGUGACUCCGCGGGAAAAGUUGCCUCACAUUAUGACGUAGAGAACGAGCCGUAUGGAAGCGACAUGGACUGCACCUUCACAAUGAAUGCCAAACAAGGACAACGUAUAAAUAUUAGGUUCGACUAUUUUGACGUCGCAAGAUCGUACGACAGCCGCGAGGGAAGGUGUCGGUCAGAAGGCGAUUCAUUGUCCAUCUACGAGUCUGGAAAUAUCUUCCUUAUCAAGAGUAACAUUCUGACGCCAGAGGUACGACUUUGUGGCGGCACCGGCAAAUUUCCCGAUGACUACCAAUCGGUUAGCAACGUGGUCACUGUACGAUUCAAAACGGACGAGUACCCGAGUCCAGACAACGGCAUCAAGUUCACAUAUACAGCCUUCUUACAGCCACAAGAGCGAACUCCAGAGUGUUUCAUGUGUAACGAUGGCACGAUGUGUAUAGACCCCUUGCUGACGUGUAACGGCAUGCCAAACUGUAAUGACGAUAGUGAUGAGGAACCCAGUAACUGUAAAGCAUCUACCAAUAUUUUUGAGAAAGGUAUUGAAACGCUAGGUGUACCCGUCAUGGCAGCGAUAGGUGCCGCCGUUGGCCUUCUGCUUCUAUGUCUCAUCGUACUAUGUAUUGUAUGCUGCUGCUGCUGCUCCAAACGAAACAACCCCUCAGACCAGAAGGCACAAUACAGGGCGCCACCUACGCCAAGACCCGGUUCAUAUCCUUCCCACAAUUCCAACUACUCAUCCUAUUCAUCGCAAGCAUCAAACGGCAACACCAACGGCACGGCGGGAAGGCCCUACCCUAACUUUCCACCCGGCUACCCUCCUUUCCACAACGGGGGAUACAGUGUAGGGUACAACUACGAGAACGGGAGGAUGGAGUUCCCGCAGAAAGUCUAGGGACAGCACCCCUCGGCCAUAUUAUGACUAUCACAUUGCAUAAGAAUUAUGAUGUACUUUUGCACUGUAGCAUAUAUCUAAUUUAAGAACUCACCUUUUUCUAUUAUUUAUACGUACGUUCGUGGUGGAAGUUAUUCUGUCAAUUGGAAAAAUGAUGAGUUCGUUUUUUUCUCAUAUAAAUGGACAUUUUAUUUUGUACAGGAACUGCUUGCUCACCAUGUAGUACAAGAUUAGAAAUUAGCGGGAUUGACAGCUCACUAACGCUUGUGGAAAUGUACAUAGAGGUAGCACUCGGCUCAAAGAAGGUAGCUUUUGUAUUGAUAAAGUCAUGUAACAGAUAAAAAGUCUAUAAUACGCUAUUUGCUCAGCUUUUUUCAUUCAAACAAAUUAUAUUCUACAAAUUGCCAAAGAUGUAGAAUAACUGAGAUGUUUUUCUUUCCUCUAAGGCAGGGAAAUAUCCGUAUAAAUGCCAGCAUCAUUGUUUUCAUGUGAUAUUGCUUGUGUAUCGACUAGUGUAUCACCUAGUGUAUCACCAAGGCAAAGGAGAUGAAAUUUUGCAAACUUUAUCAGUUAUCGUGGGAAACUUCGUAUGUUUUGUACUUAAUGUUUACACAUGGGACCAAGGUUUGUUUACCUGUUAGUAUUUAUAUGCCUAAUGUCAUACGCUGUAUAGGAUCGGAUUAAUUAUAUCUCUCUUGCGAGGGAAAACCUUUGAAAUGAAAGAAUAAUAACAAACAAAUAUGAGGAAAGAUUUUAAAGGGGUUUAGUUUCAAUGUUUAGAGGUAUUGCCAAAUAUUUGAAUCACAUAUAUCGUAUCCCACUUUAUGGUACAAUAAACAUUUGUGGCAACAAGGUUGUUGAAAUCAUAAAUGGCUCAAUCUUGGGCCAGUGACCAAACUUUGUAUUUCAUCUGGCUAUUCGCACAGAAGCAUUCUAUCAAAAAGUGUGAUGCAAUUCGAUUGAAUCUAUGACGCUAGUAUAAAGAAAAGUUCUUCUUCCUUAUCUUCAUUUUUUUUCUCAUGGAAAUUGAUUUUCCAGAAGAGGCGAGCUGUAAAUGUAUACUGAGCACUGACCAAACAAAAUCGUCACAGAAGACAAAAAGUAACAAGUUACAUUCAUCAUUAGCAUUCCCUUCGUCUGCACGAUAAUAUCAACACGAUUUUUGUUAUAUCUUAAGACGCUCAAGAAUGAUACAAACACCAUCUUUCAUUUCCUUUGAAUGAUAUACUAAUGUACUUUGCUGACAAUCGAAUAUCUCUUAGCCGUCUAUGGUAGGUUCUGCAGGCUUGUAUGAAAAGCGUUUCAAAAUAACGGAGUAAGCUGUGAGGAAACCACGUCACGAUGUUUAUUAUUCUGCAGCGCCGCUGAGGCAAAUAAUUACAUCCAUCUUACAAAGUAUCAAUGCGCUGAAGCAGUGGAUGAUAUAAAUAGUUUCCAUCGUGAAACUCUUCCGGAAAUGGAGAGAGGGAACGCACGGUAUUUGCACUUUGAAAUAGGAUUAUCGCACACCGCCGCGUCGCAUUGUCCAAUAAAAAUGCGUUCUUUUCUUCUAAUUGCAUCAAAAGCGUUUUGUGCACAUUUACAGCAUAAUUUGAAAAGACGACUGUCAUGUAAAAUCCCUUACGGUUUUUCCGACUGAACAAUUUUGCACAUUAAAAGGAUACAGCACACGCGUGGGAACACAACAUGCCAAUAAAACGGAACCUAAUGAUGAAAAUAUUGCAGUCAACCCUGCGAUGUCUUCAGCUGUGCUUGUACUUUUAUUGUUUAUUUUGUCGUGCGCUGACGCUUGUUUUGAUUUAAGAGGACUGAUGUAAUGUUUUUCAUGAAAUAUGUGAUGCCCAUUGCGCACGAAGCGUCAUUUUGCUGACGUUACGUUGCGGCAGUCACUAAUGAGUGGUCUUUGACGCACGGAAUGGGACUGACAUCUCACACCAAAAAAAAAGAGUGCGAAAUGUAACGCUGCAAGGAAUGUGUCAGUUUACUGGCGUACGCGCUAAUUUGCUUCUGUGAUUUGCUUGGCGCACGCGCAUAACGCAAGCAAAGGAAAUAGCGUCUCGUGUACAAUGGGUGUAAAAGAGCGUAUACUGUCAUGAUUGCCGAAAUUUCUGUAAAAGAUGGAAAUAUCUGUUUUUGUAAAGAACCUUUCUUUUUUAAAUGUAUGCAUCUGUAAUAUAACAAGACUGCAGUCAGAUAAUGUAUUCGUUUUUCGACAGCAAUGAGCGUUACUGUUGAAUAUCGGGAAUAUGGGAUAUUAAUCUAUCUUAAUUGUAGCAUCGAAAGAAUUUCAAUUGAAUUUAUUCUUAACUUAUUUUCUUUCUUUCAUCUCAAGAUCGCCAAAGUUCUCGGGCUUAAAGACAAACUGAGCCCAGCAUUAAUAUGUAUUCAGCUAAUAAAUAUAUUGCCAAAUCUUUAUCGCAUGUUCCACAUUUUAACCAUUUUUCCAACUCUUUGCACUAGACCUUAUCUGUAAAAAUGAUAUUUUCCUGCUUUUAUUUACAUUUUAUCAGGGGCGUGUGUUUUUGAUAGAGCACUGUAGUCGGGUAGUGUGACAACACAUGUAACAUUAAAUGCCAUUUUAACUUAUUGCUUUAUUUAGAUGCAUCGCUAACAACAUUAGAAAUGAUUUGUACCUUUUAUACUCGAGGGAGACUGAUGACUUAUUGCCGUUUUAAAGCUCAACCUCGGCGCGUCGAUGCGCUGAUAUAUCAUAUUUUCGAUGGGUCGUUGAUUAUAAUUACUUGAGGAUAAACGGGAGGGUGGAUCUCCAAAUGCCAUUCAUAUCGUAAUGGUACUUUGGAACUCAUGAUUGUUCACAUUUCUCUUCUCCUUUAAUCCGUCUUUUUCUUCUCCUUUAUUGUUCUUCUUCUCUCUCUGUCUCACCGUUCUCUGUUUCAAUUCCUCUAUUCUACGUAUACAUAACAGGUUUAGCUAAAUUUUAUAUGUGAACGUUUGUCUGUCUUUUUUUAUCAUUACAUUGUAUAAUAAUUAUACAGUUUGGAAUUAACCAUGCCACAAUUUUUGAGCGAGUCUAUAUCAAAUGUUGAUUCUUCGCACGUCGCCCAAAGUGUAGCUCUAGAAAACCUGCUAGUCCAAACAAGAUCGUAUUUGAUAUUAAAUGUACUAUAUUUGUAAAACUACGUUCAUGUAAAAUGUAAGAUAGUCCAGAGUCAAAUUUAUCAUGCCUCUAAGUAUGCUGAAUACGUAGACCAUGAUGUUGUGUAGGAUACGAUAUGUAAUUGUAUUGGACAUUAUAAACUGUUUGUAAAUAAGAAUGUGUCUUCGUUAGAAUGUGAAUGAGAUUAUUGUUACCCUAGAUGCUACAUGUUGAUGCAAAAAAUGAACUUUUCUUACUCCAAAGGCCUGAUGUUUUGUUCACUGAUGUCUGAAAUUGUUCAUGAUAGAUGAAUUGUCCUGCCAUUUUUUUUGGAUUAUCCACCAGUGCUUGUUUGAAAUGAACAAUUAACUCUGCAUUGUUACAUGGAUGCUGCCCUAUGAAUUCGGCCUAUGCAUUCGUAAUACUUUAAUAUCGCCAUUCUGCUAUGAUUGCUUUUGUGAUGGUCAAGGUUAACGUGGUGCUUGUACAUGAAAUGCAAUUAUUUUCUUUUUUGUUCAUUAAUUAAGAAUGCAUAUUAAACACAAUGUUCGUUUUCGUGCAUUUGGUUGGUUUAAAUGUAUGAUCAAACUGUGCGUUGCUUUUCUGGCGCAUAAAGUCCAUCCAUUCAAAAGCAUAUUUUGUAUAAGUGGUUCUUUUAGAAAACGGGUAUAUUAUGUAUUAUUAACAUUGUAGUGUAAUCGAUAAUUUUCAUUAUAUUUUACUUUGUCAAGUGUCAACAACUUCACAACGACGUAGUUACCCCUUAUUGUUUGUUAUGUGGACCGUAUUUGCCAGAGGUAGGGCUGCUUUGACGACUGGUGCGAUCUAUGACGCACGAUGGAAGGGGGAUAUCGGAAGGACAUUGUCCCUCUCCCCAAACAAAAUAUAUAUAACAAUAAUGAUAAUAAAAUGAAAAUAUAAUGAGAAUAAUUUUGUAAUAACAAUAAUGAUAACAGUGUACCCACUGCGGUGAAUUACUGGGGCAUGGGAUGAACGCCCUCUACAGACUUGAUUAGUGCAGGUAAUAGCACUUUCGAAAUAACGCAUCGUGUGCAACUUGAAAUGAAGUGCAGAUAUCUUGCAGAAAAAUUGCAUAAUUUAAACAAAAAUGGAUUACUAAAAAGGUACAAGACAAGAUUAAUCAAGUUUUAACACUUAUCCAAUCAAUUAGUUUUAUAAAGUUCACAUAAUUUUGCUGUGGUACUAUGACUGGUCGAUGUUUUCCGAGUAAUGUGAACAUUGCUUAAUCUAGGUUUCAGACCUCAAGCGGAAUCUCACUUUGCUUCUUGCGUGUCGAUAUUGUAACUCUUUUUACUCUUGAUAUCGUUAAAGAAAUCAUAGUUUUUGUUUCAGACUGUACACGUGACAGUGUUAUUAUUUUCAAACUGAGACUCUUUUAAUGAAAUCCAAUUAGGAUUUUUUAUAAUUAUUAUAAUGGAAUCUUAGGAACAGUAUAGAUACUGUUAUUGUUUUAGUAUAAAAACCUAUUUUACUUGUGUUAACUUGUUCAUUGUGAGAAUGAAAUACGAGAUUUGUGUUCACGUAUACAGUAUAAAUAAAUACUGUUAAUUUCUAUUUGCGAUUGUGAUGUUUUUGCAAAAUUUUAGGUUUAUUUCGUUGUACCAGGUCUAUUUUGUAUUCAUUCCCGUCUCGCUUUGUAAUUUAAAAGCACCCCCUUUAAAUGUAUUAUGCAUUUUCUAAGUUUUGCAUGUAUCAAUAAAAACAAGUUUUUGAAUUGUACAUAAAAAAUAA